AUGGCGACCGAUGAAGAACAAGCAAACAUUAAUGUUCACUAUAUUACAGGCUUCGGCGAAUUGGCCAGCCUUAUCGCUAGUGACGAGGAUCAAACCACUGCGGUGUAUAAACGCUUUGACAAGUUAGCGGCACGGGACUUGCUGUACUAUGAAUGCGAACUUUUGGAACUGGAAGCCCUCCAAAAUCAAUAUGAUCGCGAGGACGCUCUCGACGCAAGAAAACCAGAUAAUGCCGAUAAUUUACAGUGGCGGAUUCGCACAAAUGCUCGAGAUUGGGUGUCGUUCAAACACCGAGCUGCGCAGGAAGCUGAGGCCAAUGACAAAAGUGAUGAGCGUUGGAAGAAGAGGAUGGACCUCGCGAUGGAGGUCCGGGGAAGCCCUCCUGCUGAACUCGACGCUCCUCACGCUUCGUCCACCGUCUAA